GACAGAGAGCUCACAUAGGCAAAGGGGAGACAGAGGUGCUGUUGAGCAAGUGAGCUAACAAGCUAACUAGCUAGCAAUGCAGUAGGCAACACGGCAGAGACCGAGGGACAGUGUAGAGGUGACAGUGGAGAAUGGAGAGGACUCCGUGCGCUCGGCGAGUGUUGACCGAAGAGAGGGCAAUCAAACUCGGUCUCUUCCUUUCGAAGAGAGUGUGCUGAAACUGGAUAAACACCGGGCGGAAAGGAAUGGCUGAUCCUCUGCGGAGGACUUUAUUAGCAAAACUUCGGGGGAAGAAAUCCAAGAAAGGGACGACAGCUGGUGGAUACGGCGCUGCAGCUAAUGGGGGCAGAGAAGGUAAAGAAAAAGUUUUGCAUGAGCGUGAACCACAAACUCAACCUGUAGCUAUGCUCUCAGAACUGUGCCGUGAGGCUGAGAAAAUUGGUGGUAACAAGAGUUUUAGUGACGGGGUUUCUGAACUGAAGGAUCACCUAGUUCUGGAUAGCAGCGUAGUGGUUGAGAGUGCACUACCGCAACGCGAGGCUGCCACCAUGCACAUCAACACUAGCCGGGGGAACAAUCAGGGCAGCGCUGGCUCGGGGUUUAGGGCUCAAGUUAAUGAGGAACUCUUGGGGGUCUCACUUCAAAGAGAAAGGCAGUCCGGGGUGAAUGAUAGGGAUGAGACUGGGAGGAUUCAUAAACAUGGGCCUUACUUAAUGGAACAAGUGCCACCAGGACCGCAUGCACAGAUUAAACACUUCGUCACCAUGCCUCGCCAGUACAGCGGUGGUGAUUCAAUUGGGUUUGGGAGCAGUCGGAGUCACAUUUUGUACACCCGGUCCGAUGCGAACAGAGUAGUUCAAUUGACAGAUGGUCAGCAUUCUGCUUCAAAGAAUAGUGGAACAAAUGUGUACAAAGAUCCGAAGACUCCCAGCGACGGGGCAGACCCCUGCCUCCAAUUUAUGUUCAACGCAGAGCAUGUUGUCUCUCUGAAUGACAGAAAAGAGAAAGUGAACGAUCACCCAGACUGCAAUGGAUUAUUGGAUACAAACGUAACAACUAACAGGACACAUAUGUAUCUGCCAAGUUUCCCUUGCACAUAUCGACCGGCGAGUAGUUACACCGAGGAAAACAUUUUGAUUAGGAAUAUUGAGAGUUACGGCAGCUCAGCCCAAUAUUCGGUAGACGCGAGAGUGACGAAUCUUCAGAGCCCAACAUAUUUCCCCACAGAAUUGGAGAUAUGCGAAAUUAACAUGUCAUCUCUAUGCACCAGAGAAGGACCUAUCAGACAUUACUCGUUAGAUAGCGAGGACGACGAUUAUUACGAUAACGAAAUCUUACCCUUUUAUGAAUCCGAAAGAGCUCUGGCAAACGAUAGAAAAACGUCAGAUAAAUUAGCACCAGAAUUGACUCAGUCAGGGACAGAUGAGCAACAUGUAACCAACAGUUCCCAGGAGACAGAUAGGCUAAGGAGUCAGUUGAAAGAGGCCUAUUACUUGCUCAUAAAUGCCAUGCAUGACAUUAGUUUUGACGGUCCAGUCGGUGUCAGUGGUUUUCUAGACCAGACCAGUUCCUCCAGUCAUUCUCAAGACAGCCUGUGUUCCAGGUCGUCUGCCAAGCAUGUGGACAGUGACUCUUGGUCUUCCGGGGAACACAGUCCCCAAGGUUCCGACACAGACUCCCUCAUGUUGAGUAAGAGCCAUGAGCCAUGUCUGAAGAACAGACUGACUAGUAAAAGUCUGGUUAACCUGUCUGCCUCAAACGCCAGACCUCCCUUACUACGCUCGGCUAGUGACGGAGCGAUCAAGUACCCUGACGGACCCCGCGUCGAGGCCUUCGCUCUCCGAAGCCUCGAGGCGGGCGCGGGCGGAGACGGAACAGCUCGGCCGCUCAGAGUCUCUGAGCUGUUGGAUAGCGCCGGCAGCGCCGACCCGCUUCUGGAGGAAGCGAGGCUGCGUGAGAGCAGCGGCUCGGCCAACAGCCUGACCGGGUCGUCCGACAACAGCGCGGACGCCCUCGGAUGCGUGCCGGGCGCCAACGGCGGCGGCGGACGUGCCGCGAGAGACUCGGCCAAAGGCCACGGCGUGACGGUGAACAAGAUGCAGGGGUGGAUGCACAAAGGCCGCCUGCUGUCCUCGGAGAUGAAGCAGCGGAUCCAGGGCCCCUCGCCUCGCCCCGCCACCGCCCGGGACAAGGCGCCUCUCCCCGGCCAGCCGGCCGCACCCAAACCCGGGGCCCAGACGGGGCGAGCUCCUGGGAGGAACAAGGCGAGCGCGCCGCCACCGCCGAGUCACUCAGCGCUGCAGUCAGCUCUCAUUGAGAAUGUCCACAGCUCCUAUUCAAACGGAUGCGAGCUGGCCGGGGGUAAGGGCAUUGAUCCAUCGCCAUGGAGAUCCCCGCACAACAACAUCACCGUCUCAAAGAAACGCAACUGGCUCCAGCAGAGCUCCGGGAAGCCUCACGCCUCGGACGACGUCCAGGGCCCCCCGGGAGCGGAGGAGGACGGCGGCGGCGGCCCCGCCCCUCGCCCUCCUCCGAGCCCCUCCCCCGAGAACCUGAGACUCCCCCGCCCGCCCCCCUCCCGUCCCCUCCGCCUCAGCCUGCCCCAGGUGAGUGUGGGCCACGCGCGAGUGGCCCCCCAGCCCAGGCGCAUGGACCCGACCGAGGAGAACGACGCGGACGACGAGGGGGAGAUCUGGUACAACCCCAUCCCCGAGGACGACGAGCCCGAGCUGACGACCAGGCCCCCCGCCAGACUCCAGGUCCCCGCGACGGCCGACCCCCAGAGGAGGCCCAGCAGGGGCGGGGAGGCGGGCCGGACCCAGGAGGGCUGCAGUGUCUCCGGGCUAGAGAGAGUGGGGGAAUGCCUGGGCGGUGGAGGUGGGGAUGGGAGUCAGGGGAAUGCCGUACAUUCCAUGGAGAUACAGCUGCACCGACAGACACUCGCGUGCAAACCUCUGGAGGAGGGGCCACCCGGCAGAGCUACAGAUAUCCCAGACACGCCCAACCCCGGAUUUUCACCCCCCUCCAGUCCCAACCCAACCAAGAAGGGGAGCUCAAUCAACUGGUCCUUCCCCGAUAAGAUCAAGUCUCCUCGCACGGUCAGGAAGCUCUCCAUGAAGAUGAAGAAACUUCCGGAACUUAGCAGGAAGCUCAGCGUUAAAGGGACAUCGAGCAACAGCAGUGGGAACGGAGGUACGAGCAGCCACUCAGAAACCCGGGUUCACUGUCCCAAACCCGGUAACCGGUCCGAACCGGUCCGGGCCCCUUCCAGACUCUCUGCGGGGGCCGGCCAGGCGGCCGCGGCUAGCCGUAACGUGAUUUCCCGCUACCACCUGGACAGCAGUGUGUCCACCCAGCACAGCUACAGCAAGAAGAAAAGCAACGGGGCGUCAAAGUCCGCCAGCAAAGGGGGCUACCUUAGCGAUGGGGACUCGCCAGAACUGGUGGCCAAGUCUGGGAAGCACGGGCCGACGGAAGGGAAGGCUGGAAAGAGCAAGGAACCAGUGGCCACUGGAGGAGAGAGGCCAGGAGGAGGUGGGAUGGGCGGGGGGAGCCCAAAGCUCCACGGCACCGAGCUGGACAUCGACGCCUUCCGCCACUACAGCUUCUCGGAGCAGCCCAAGUGCACCCAGUACAUCUCGGGCCUCAUGAGCCUACACUUCUACGGGGCGGAGGACCUCAAACCGCCGCGCGUCGACUCCCGCGACGUCUACUGCGCCAUCCAGGUGGACUCGGUCAACAAGGCCCGCACCGCCCUCCUCACCUGCCGCACGGCCUUCCUGGGCAUGGACCACACCUUCAACAUCGAGCUGGAGAACGCUCAGCACCUGAAGCUGGUGGUGUUCAGCUGGGAGCCCACGCCCAAGAAGAACCGCGUGUGCUGCCACGGGACGGUGUCCCUGCCUGCGCUCUUCCGGGUGACGCGCUCCCACCAGCUAGCGGUCAAGCUGGAGCCGAGAGGGCUGAUUUACGUCAAGCUAAACCUGAUGGAGCAGUGGCAGAACUCGCUGGACGGAGGCCCGGACAGGGACAGGGAACCCCAGGUGUUUGGGGUGGAGGCCUGGAGGGUGGUGGAGAAGGAGGCCUCGGGCCUUUCGGUGCCGCUGCUCAUCAACAAGUGCAUCACGGAGAUCGAGAAGAGAGGCUGCCAGGUUGUGGGUCUCUACCGCCUGUGCGGCUCGGCGGCGGUGAAGAAGGAGCUGAGGGAGGCCUUUGAGAGGGACAGCCACGGGGUGGAGCUGGGCGAAACCACCUACCCGGACAUCAACGUCAUCACAGGUGUGUUGAAGGACUACCUCCGGGAGCUCCCCUACCCCCUCAUCACCAAGCAUCUGUACGAGGCCGUGCUGGACUCCAUAGCCAAGCGGCCGCUACGCAUCGGCCCCGGGGGCUGUGAGAACGACCAGGGGGACACGGAGCACACCGUCAGCCUGCUGGAGAACCUUCCGGAAGUGGAGCGGGUGACCCUCCGGAAGCUUCUGAACCACCUGAAGCUGGUGGCGUCGCACCACGAGGUCAACAAGAUGACGUGCCAGAACCUUGCCGUGUGCUUCGGGCCUGUUCUGCUGAGCCAGCGCCAGGAAGCUAACUGCCAUAGCAACAGGGUGUUCAUCGACUCCGAGGAGCUGGCCAGCGCUCUGCACUUCAAGAAACACAUCGAGGUCCUGCACUAUCUUCUGCAGCUCUGGCCAGUGGUGGACCCACAUGGCAAGACCUCAUCCCCUACCCCGGAGCCCCCCGCCCAGGCCGGCCUGCUGUCGGCUCCCCCCUUGCGCAGGAGGAAAGAGCGUCCCCAGGUGCUGAACCUGAGCGAGGCCGAGAUGGCCGGCGUGCUGCGGCCCCGGCCGGGCCGCCUGGACAGCCCUAGCAACCGCUACGCCGGCGACUGGAGCUGCUGCGGGGAGGGCUACUUCCCCCCCGCCGCCGCCGUGCCCAGGGAAGAGGCCGACUACGACGACGUCCCCUCCGAGGACAUGGAGGUGGCCGAGGACGGAGGCCGGGUCGGGGGCCGGGAGAGCCCCCAGGGAGGACAGGAGGUCGCGGCCGCCGGGCAGGACGAGCCCCCGCCCGGCGUGGAAGCGAUGGAGGGAGGAGCGGAGGAGGAGAAGGCCGAGGAGGAGGUGGCGGAGGCGGAGCAGGAGGCGGACGAGGACGACGAGGAGGAGGAGGGAGAGAGCGACGGCUCGGCCGGCCGAGACACGGCAUGCGACGAGGACCACAUCCUGCCCCCCCGCCCCUCCAGGGAGCACGCGUACCAGGCCUACAUGAAGAUCCAGGACAUCAACCCCGUGCUGAGCCACAGGGUGAACCUGCGAGACCUCCAGGAGAGCAUCGACACGCUCAUCGGCAACCUGGAGAGGGAGCUGAACAAGAACAAGCUCAACGUGGGCUACUGACUCCUUCGCACGCACGCUCUCGCUCUAACCCGGCCCCGGGCUGAAGAUAAGACUAAACUGACGAAGGUGCUCGAGUUAAGCGUAUGGGAAAAGGCGCCCGGCGUUUUCUUUCUGGCGCUCUUGCGGUACGCCGGAAAAAGUUCCCCCCACCCCUAACAGACAUUCCUGUUUUGCGGUUGACGUGACACGACUGUCGCCGUCGGACGCGGACCUCGCCGGUGCCGUUUCCGGUCGCUUCUCUUCUUAUUAGAAGAAGUCAUUGACCCUGAGUGGUGUUCACGGUGCCUUAAUUGUGUGAAGGUGGUGCUUUUAAAGGCAAGGGAGAGUUUCUCCAUCAAGGUACGGAAUCGUUUUUUUUUCCCCAUACACAACGAUGCACUUAUGAGGCAGGCUUUAACGUGGAGGUUGCGCCGCGGUACACAUGCGGUGUGCUGGCUGGGUUGGCAGGAGGGGAGAACCGCCCGUCGACGAGUCCACAGAUAUGACCUCCUGCUGGGGUUGUGGAGAUCGAACUGUGGUCGGGCCUGCCUGGUGGGUUCAUGUGCAGGCAGGACCCUGAGUAUCUGCAGAUCACUUGUACACACACACACACACACGUCUGCUUAAAUAUGAUGACUAUAAACAUAUGGGAGAUGUCGCCGACUCGCACGGACAUGUUACGGGGGGAGUUCGACCUCAAGCGAGCGAGGAGGAACCGUUUAAACGUGGCGUCGCAUUUCGAGAAUCGCGAGUGAAUCGGUGCAAAGGCCCUUGAUCACGCUUUGAUAUGUUCCGUUUUUUUUCCCAUCCUUGCCCCCCUCACGUACCCUACCCUCCCCCCUCCUCCAAACCUCCCACAUGUUCGGACAGACUGCGAUCCCCUGCGGGUGCACAAAGGCAAAAGCCAAAUAUGAGAGACGCGUUCCGAGUGCGCUGUCUGGGUCAGCGACGCUUCACAGACAGAGUGACAGUGUGGAGAAGGAGGAAAAAAUGAAAAGAAAAAAAAAACCUUACCCGUUUUCAGCUAUCCAGGGAUUCAGUGUGAUCAGUAUUUAACAAAUGUGUAUAUAAAUGUAUUUGGAGUCUAUAAUUUUUUUUACAGCUUAUUGUCCCAUACAGGCUUAAAUGCUCGCAGUUACCUUGUAGUGUUGACUCGUAGUAAGAAUAUCAAACAGGGCUUCUCCCCUCAUGCUACCUGUACACAUCUUAAAUGUGCUGGAUUAACGGUACAACAUUAGCUGUACAAUAUGAGAAGAAAAAAACACAUUCUCGUUUUUGUUAUAUUUUGUACAUAUUUGGUGUCUUUGUCUCAGCUGUGUUGAUAUAUGUGUGAAAGAGGUACUGAAUGGUUGCAGCUUGCAUGGUUGAAAGCUUUACUGACAGAAACAAGUCAAAUUUCCCCUUCCCCUUUGGUUCUCGAUGUGUUUACUUGCGGAGAGACCAUUUUCAAACGUGUUGUUUACCUGGUUACAGUGACUCACAUGGCCUAGGUUAACCAAUAGCUAAGCUAUCUGCUACUGUACACCGCUUCUAUGGCUAAAAGAUGGAAAAUCAUUAGGUUAGACCCUGAAGCGACUGUAGUCCUUUCCUCAAAUGGGGUCAGUGCAUUUGGGUUCAAUUUGCAUGGUGCCGGCAGCAGUGUGUAAUAGUCUUGCGAGUCUUGUCUCCAGCGACUGACAUUCAGCCUGAAACCAGCCAGCCAUCUGUCUUCUGCUCACAAGCACCACUCCAACUCAAGUAUCGUCCCCCCCCCCCUCUCUCUCUCUCUCUCUCUCCCCCACUCUCUCUCUCCCCCUCUCUCUC